AUGAAGACUACCAUCUUAGCUGCUGCCGUUAUCUUUGCUACUAGUGCUUUCGCUGCCCCGGGCACUGCUGCUCGCUGGUCUAAUCAUGCCUCUCGCCGAGCUCAGCGCAAGUCAGGUUUCAUGCAGCCCGCCAAAGACAACGACAUUCUUGCCAAGGUAAACGAAACUGACAAGGACGUCAUAUACUCUGACAACUGGGCUGGUGCCAUACUGAACUCCUCCGGCUUCACCUCCGUCGUCGGCACUAUCAUCGUUCCCGAGCCCCAAUCUACAGGCGAGGAUGCCUCUGCUUCAGCAUGGGUCGGAAUCGACGGCCUCACGUGCUCAACGGCGAUUCUCCAGACCGGCAUUGACUUUUCCGUCACUUCAGGCGGCUCUGUCUCGUACACCGCCUGGUACGAGUGGUACCCAGACGACUCGUACGAGUUCUCCGAGUUCUCCGUCAGUGCGGGCGACGAGGUGAAGAUGACAGUGGUAGCCACUUCCAAGGCCGCCGGCACGGCGACGCUCGAGAACCUGACGACGGGCCAGACCGCCUCGCACUCGUUCAGAAACGAGCGGAACCAGCUAUGCGAGUCCGAGGCGGAGUGGAUCGUCGAGGACUAUGAGUACCACGGCGCGCUCGUGACGUUCGCGAACUUCGACUCGGUCACCUUCACGGACGCAACGGCUUUCAAGGGCGACUCCGCCGUUGACCUCGCGGACGCGACCAUUCUCAACAUUGAACAAGACAACGCGGUGCUGACGGACUGCAGCACUGACAGUGUUAGUACCGUCACUUGCUCUUAUGUCUAG